GGCCCAAAGAAUUUCCCAAUCUAAAGCCCCACAGCCGAAGCGAAGCGCGCGCUCUCCGUCUCCUUCGUUUCGAAGGCAGAAAGGAAGCCUUUAGAACAAUGGGCACGCCCGCCGUCGCCGCUCUUCUUCUUGUCUUCUCACUGUCCGUCCUGCUCUCUCUCUUUUCCUGCUCCAGCGACGUCGCCACGUUCAAAGGUAUUGACGUGGAAAAUCCAGCAGUUGACGUCACUCCAUCUCCCCUUUUUGGUCAUGCAUCAGCUUCUGGUGGUUCCAAGGGGGUCUUAUUGUGCGAACGCAUUCGAGUUGCUGGUAAAUCAAGAUUGAAAUUCAGAAGUUAUGCCAGCACCUAUCUUGUUACUUUGGUCCCAUCUGUAGUAAUACCUGAGAGGCUGCAUAGCAAAAUUCAGAUCUGUUUUCACAUGAAUGCUUCCCGUGGUUUAUGCCAAUGUGAAAAGGAUGAAUGGAAAUUCAUCCAGAAGGGUGUUUGGACUUCUGUCAUGUCACCUUAUGAGGACAGAUAUAUUGAUGUGGAGUUUGUUGGUGAAAUUUCUGGUUCUGUCACGGUAACAGUUGAAGAAGAGUUUCAAAGAUGGCGUUUGAUUUGCCUUGCCAUUGGUUUUGUUUUGUUGCUGCUGGCACCGGUGGUUAGCAGCUGGGUUCCCUUCUAUUAUAGCAGUUCAAUGGCUAUUGGAGUUCUGCUAGUAGUUAUAAUCCUUCUUUUUCAGGGGAUGAAAUUAUUACCAACUGGCAGGAAAAAUGUUUUGUACCUCACAUUAUAUGGAUCUAUGGUUGGAGUGGGAUCAUUUCUAUUGCAUCAGUUUUCAAUGUUGGCUAAUUCAAUUCUUGUCAAUUUCGGGCUAAGUGAAGAGAUGUACAACCCUGUGUCUGUAUUUUUACUUGUUGGGAUUGUCCUUGCUGGAGCUGCACUAGGCUACUGGAUUGUGAGGAAAUUUGUUAUUUCAGAAGAUGGAAGUGUUGAUGUUGGUGUAGCUCUGUUCGUGAAAUGGGCAAUGCGUGUCAUUGCUUCCACAUUUAUUUUACAGAGCACUCCUGAUACUCCUCUGGCUGUGGGGGCAUUGGCAUCUUGUUCAGCAAUCAGCUUCCUUAUCACUUCCUUUGAGUGGGGUGGACCACAGACUAUGACUAUGUUUGGGAAUUCAAUGUUUCUGGGAAAUCCAAGACCUUGGCGGGGUGGACGGGCAACUGCAAAGCAAAAUCAUGCUGAAUUUUAUAGCAGGUCAAGGAAAGUGGGGUCGCAUGGAACACUGUGGAACAGCCCAAGGAGUUCGUCUACCAUGUCUGACUCUCCAGUUAAAGGAUGGAUAUCUCCAACCCCAGUUGUUACUGGCAGGGUGGCAACCAAUGAGGAGGAGGAUGAGGAUUACUAUUCGACUUUCCACGACACACCCAACAGAAGAAAGUUCUCAAAGAAAGAGUGGACGAAGUUCACAAAGGAAUCAACCAGGCAAUCUAUGGCCGAGUUGGCUUCUUCUCCGCAGUUUGCAGACUGGAUAAUCAAGCAUGCUGACAGGAUCCAACUCCUUCCAUAUGAUGAUACUACUGACGAUGCAACCGGAAGCGGGUCUGAUUCGACAAAUGAGGCGGCGGCGGCAGCUGCUGCUGCUGCAGAAGAAAAUGGCAGUCGAUUUGGUAUGUUCGGAUGGCAGCGGUGAACCAACCAGGACAGGACCAUCAUCAUAUUUGUUUUGUUGGUUGAUGAGUAAACAUGAGACUUCCAGCAGCUCGGUUAGGGAAUUGGUGGUGUUACCAACUCCUGCAAACUAUUAGAUACAAACUAGGAGUAGUUCUCAGUCUUUCUAUUUAUCUUUUUUUUCUUUCCCAUUUUAUAUUUUAAUUUGUUCAGAGUACAGCUUACAGCUUCUGCAAAAUCUGUAAACCGUUGCGUUAACGGGCUAGCUAGUUUUUUACACACGACCACACCACUUUGUUAUCUUUCCUAAAACGUCAAUUUUUUUUAAUGAUUUCUUAAAAAGCUAGCUGCUUCUCUCUC